AUGGCGUCAUCAACAUCGAAUUCUUCAUCGACAGUACCUUUAACUCCUCCUAAUACUUUAAAGAGAAAACAACAACAUAAUGUUGAAUCAUUAAAUGUAUCCCCAUUAAAACCAAAAUUAUUAUUACAUGAUUUAUUACAAUAUGAGAAAUUGACCCCUACUUCAUCUCCUGAAAAGAAAUCACAUAAAUUGACCUCAUCAAAAAAUAAACGUAAGCUAAAUGGUAGUAUACGUCGACCUAUACCAAAUUCAACACUUUCAUUGGAUUGUUAUCCAAUGAUUAAACCAAAUGAAAAAUCUCAUAAUAAAUAUUUACAUUGUAUUUUAAAUGAAUGUCAAAAUAUUGUUGUUGUAGCAGGUGCAGGUAUUUCAACUUAUGCAGGUAUACCAGAUUUUAGAUCAAAAAAUUCAGGUCUUUAUUCAAAGAAUAAGUGUAAUAAAUCUUUAAUGGAUCUAAAUAUGAUUUAUUCAAAUGAAUCAAUGACAUUAAAAUUUAAUGAAUUAAUGGUCUCUUUAUAUUCAAAAUCAAUUAAUGCUAAAAUAACACCAUUUCAUCAAUUAUUAGACAAAUUAGCUGAACAGAAAAGAUUAAAAAGAGUUUAUACACAGAAUAUUGAUUCGUUAGAAACAAAAUUACCACAUGUAAUGGAAACUCAAAUUAAUAAAACUAAAGGGAAUUAUCCAAUUUUAGUUCAAUUACAUGGUAACAUUUCAGAAACAAGAUGUAAUAAAUGUAAUAAUAUUAGAAAAUUUGAUCCAAACAGAUUACAAACAUCUGAAAAUCCAAAGGGUCGUUUAAUCCCAAGUUGUCUUGAAUGUGAGGAAUUAGAAUCAGUUAGAUCUAUUGCAGGUUUAAGAUCAAAGGGUGUUGGAACAAUUCGUCCAACCAUUACCCUCUAUAACGAAGUCCAUAAUAAGGGUGAUGCAAUCGCCGAUAUAAUUAAUUAUGAUACAAAAUUAAAAUCAAUAGAUUUAUUAAUUAUUGUAGGGACAAUGUUAUCAAUACCACAUGUUAAAAAAUUAUGUCAAAAUAUGGCACAUUCUUUAAAAAAUGGAAGGCGAAGAAAAGGUCAUGUAAUUUUUGUUUCAAAUGAACCACCAACACAAUCAAUAUUGAAUACAUUUAAGGAUACAUUAGAUAUGAUUGUUAUUGGUGAUUGUCAAACGUUAUAUAAUUAUAUAGAUUAA